AUGUCUCUUUCAGAUAGGAUAAUUCAUACACUCAAGGAGAUGGACAGACCUUCCGACUUUCAGAUAUACCGAGACAUCCUUGCUGCAAAGCCAAAGCUACCACCGGGAAAGUGGAAUGACUUGUGCCGCCUUGCCAAGACAAGUAAGAUAUAUAACAUUCUGAGGCUAGAUUUGUCCAGAAAGGAGGCAGAAGUUCUUGGAAGUGCACUCAAAAAGGUCUCGUUGAACCAUGUGGAUGACAUGAUAGACAUCUUGGUAAAGAAGAGAGACGAAAAUACACCGGUGCUUCUAAGGUACAUACUUGAGAAGAAAAAAAAGAUAUCUAUAGAUCCUGUUCAAAGAUAUUUUUGUGGCGAACUAAACCGCAUGGUUACCCUGAAACACCUCAAGCUGCUAUACGUGAUGCAUAGGAAUUAUCCUGCAUCCAUCAAUCCGACAAUCCUUGACUUCUGCCGCUCUAAUGGACAUCCGAUCUGUAAAGAAGUCCUGGAAUCUGCCAUGGACGUUAUUGAAUAG